CCCCCCCCCCCCUCCACACAUACUCUAACAGAGAUUAUCAGACAGGAGAAGACGGUGCAGAAACCCCUCCAGCAGGAAUAUAUUCAGCACCGGCUGCAGGCGAAACAAAUUUUAGCACCAGAAAGCCUAACAGAGACUGCUGUCCCAGCUGGCGACAACACUAAGAAUGGCAUCACAGUGCUUCAGCUGAUCCUCCCCAACUGACUGACCUCCCUGCUCACAGAAACAUCACCAGUCAGCUGAAAAGACCACCGCCAUCCUCCAUCAGUUUUACCCAAACCAACAGUUUAAAGUCUGGGAGAGGUCGCUCUCUGUGAGUUGGUCCCCGUACCUCUCAGCCCAGCCCGGCACCACCACAACCAGUCGCCCUCCACCCCGUCUCGCAGACCAUGAUGUUUCGCGAUCAGGUGGGCGUGCUUGCCAGCUGGUUCAAGGGGUGGAACGAGUGUGAGCAGACGGUGGCUCUGCUGUCCUUGCUGAAGAGGGUGAGCCGGACCCAGGCCCGCUUCCUGCAGCUCUGUCUGGAGCACUCCCUCGCCGAGUGCACCGAACUGCAGGUCCUGGAGGGAGAGGCCAACAACCCAGGGGUGAUCAGCCAGUGGCAAGUUGAGUCUAAGGAGCGUGUCAUCUCGCUUGUCCUCACCCACCUCCCUCUGCUCAAACCUGGAAAUGUGGAAGCCAAGGGUGAGUAUAUGCGCUUACUGCCACGCAUCCUGGCCCACACCAUCGAGCAUGGCCAUCACCUGGAGGAGUCUCGCCAGCUCCUGUCCUACGCCCUCAUCCACCCCGCCACCUCCCUGGAAGACCGGGCCGCCCUGGCACUCUGGCUAAACCACCUGGAAGAGAGGGCUGCUGCCCGGGGAGAUUCACUGGAAAGGCCUCCUCCUGCUGGGCCGCACCACCACCACCAUCACCACCACCAGUCCACGCCUCCAUCCACCCUCACCUCUUCAGGAUCCUCUUCCUCCACUAAUACCUCUUCAUCAGGCAAUCUCUACUCCUUGCAUCACCACCAGCGCUACGGCUCGGACGACCGACUCAAUGGGUGGCAGAGCUCCAGAGAUUCAGGGCUGGGCGGAGGCUGGCAUCAGCAGCAGCAGGGCUGUGAGAAUGGGCACCUCCUUCUCUACCCAUCAUCCUCUGUGCCGGCAACCAUCAACACGGUUGGAACUACUGGAGGUGGUAACACUAUCCUGACGAGUGGAGGUGGCAGCCAGCAGCACAGUCCCCUGAAGCGCUCCGUGUCCCUCACGCCUCCCAUGAGCGGCCCCAGCAACCAGCCUCUUGGCCAUGUCUGGCUGUCCCAGGAAGACCUACGAACCGCUAGAGGCCCAGCUCCAGACCACGCACCUCUCUCACCCCAGAGCAGCAUUGCCUCCUCGGGUAGUGGAGGCAGUGAGCAUCUGGAGGAGGCUGGUUUAGGAGGAGGUUCAGGUCUGCAUCGCAGUUCCUUCCAUGAGGAGGGCAGUGGCAUGAGGGAUGUUCCUGCGUGGCUGAAGAGUCUCCGUCUCCAUAAGUAUGCCGCUCUCUUCUCCACAAUGACCUACGAUGAGAUGUUGUCACUGACUGAACAGCAAUUGGAGGCACAGAAGGUCACUAAAGGAGCAAGACACAAGAUUGUUAUCAGCAUUCUGAAGCUGAAGGAGAGGCAGCACCUACUUCGCAGCCUGGAAAAGGACGUGUUGGAGGGCAGUAAUCUGCGUGCCCCGCUGCAGGAACUCCACCAGAUGAUCAUGACGCCUAUCAAGGCUUUCAAUGGUGGUGAGGAUGGCUCCCUGCAGCGCCCCCUGCUGAGCCCUGAGGGCAAGAGUGCUGCGCCUGGCUCCCACCUGAGUGGCGGUGGGGAGGCUGAGUCAGGCACAAGUAUCAUCGCCGAGGGGGAUCUACCCGGCCAGUUUACGCGUGUCAUGGGCAAAGUUUGCACCCAGCUACUGGUGUCGAGGUCAGAUGAGGACAACAUUAGCUCCUACCUACAACUCAUCGACAAGUGCCUUAUCCAUGAGUCCUUCACUGAGACACAGAAGAAGAGGCUGUUGUCAUGGAAACAACAGGUCCAGAGGCUGUUCCGGUCCAUUCCAAGGAAAACCCUCCUUGACAUAGCAGGGUACCGACCGCAGAGGAGCCGUUUUGGCCAGUCCAACUCUCUCCCCACCACUAGCUGUGUUGGGGGCAGCGUGUCGGCCAGGAGGAGCCUUCGCCAGUUCCAGAUGCCCUCCAGGAGCUUACCGGGUGCCAGGCUGGGCCUGCUGGGCAGCGGGGGCCUGCUGGGACCUACACCUCGUAGCUCCAGCAGCACACCCACCGGUCCCAAACAGGGGAGACAGGGUCUGUGGUUUGCCAACCCCGGAGGAAGCAACAGCAUGCCCAGCCGGACACACAGCUCAGUGCAGAGGACCCGCUCCCUGCCCGUUCACACCACGCCACAAACCAUGGUCAUGUUCCAACAAACCGAUCUUCAGUUGCCAGUGACGGAGCCAGACAUCAACAAUCGCCUUGAGUCUCUUUGCCUGAGUAUGACAGAACACGCCUUGGGAGACGGUGCUGACCGCACAUCAACAAUAUGAAAUGAGGACCUGAGUGAGAGCAAUAGGGCAGCGCAGGCUCACGAGGCUCUCUCACGAUAAGUCACCUCGAGGUCACCAGCCCUCCUGUCCCCUCUCCCUGUAGCCAAUGGUAGAGCUCAACCAAAGGAUUGGGCGGGAUCCAAGAAACAAAGAGAGCCGAUCGUCAAACGGCUAACACAAGCUAUCUCAUUGGCACCGUCCAUCGGGUCGGAAAAACACACUUCCUGCUCCGCCAGCAUGCUCACAGUCACCUGCAUCUGGGUGAGGAGAGAUAAAAGCUUUCAACACGUCCUGGACAGUGUGUGAACAGCGCCCCCCCCAGGGGAGGCCAGAAGCAGUACUGCAGUCCAGUGAGUCCCAGCAGAAGGGAGACGCUGGCCUGUGGAUCAGGGCCCAGUGAGACUGAGGCCCUUUCCCUCUCCGACACCCUCUGGUCCCCGCACAUCGACCACAGCUCGUGGCAUCUUUCAAAUCCAUAGCAGUACCUCAGACCCAAAAACAAGACAAGCAGAGCAAGAAGGAUGCAGAAGGAAGUUUGGGAUUUCCUUCCUGUUUUCAGUGAGGCCUGAGUGUCCAGCUUGGGAAGGCCUCUUGCUCAAUAUUGGGUGGCAAAAAAAUCUUUUGUUUGUAUUGUAUGUAUUUAUUGUUUACAUAAUGAUGCUACUUUCAAAGGGUACAGAUACAUGUAUAAAUUUCAGGUAUGAAUCGUGUAGUACUCUGUAAAACCAUGGCUGGCUGUCUACCAGCUUUACGUCCCAUGAGUAGCCAUCACGCUAGUUUACAACCAACGUGCUUAUUCUUUAUUUCAGCAGUCAACAACAAAAGACGUGUUGGCUUUUACCGAGAGAGGAGAGCGGGAGAGGAGGAGGUAGAGCAGACGUGUAAAGAGAGAGGAAGAAGGUGAUGCGGAGAAAGACACAGAAAGUAGUGGAAGAAAGAAUCAAGCUGAAGUGACACUGGAAAGGGAAGCGGAUGUUUAAAGGAGGAAGACAUCAGAGGCAGGACCUUUGAUCGGCUGAAGAUGAGGGAGGAAGAUGAUGUCAUGUCUAACCAUAUCGUGAGUCUGUCCUCGACAGCGUAGGAAGAAGUGAAUUUGGCACCUGUCAGUUCAAUAUUGUUUAUCCAUAACAUGUACUGUAUAAACUCUUUGAAUUCAGAGCCUUUGCUGGCAUAAUACAUUGAAAAUGUAGGUUUUUAUACACGUAAAUGGGAGAUUAAUACGGCUGUUUCAUCAGUGGGAUCUGUCUGCAUGUUCAGAUACUGGGUUUAGUUGUUAUUCUAAAGCAGGGUGAUAUGCUUAAGCUGCAUGUCACGACUAAAUAUCUUUCUUGGAGGAAAGGAAGAUUGUGAAAUGUGGAGCGGAGAAGAUGGCAGAAAAAAAAGCAGGAGGUUGAUUUGGUUUCCAAUCGCACGCUGUCAAUCCAUGAAGGGUUUUCCCAGAGAUUGUCUCAUUAGUGCUUAGCUCCACCUGCAGGCCAAACACUGUCAUGGCGGGAACAGAUGCUGAAGUCCAUGGACACACAGGCACUCUGCAGAUCAUUGAAAAAUCUGCUAUGAGUAACAUUCGGGGAAAUAUCAGAUUGCCCAUGUAACAUGGUCUUCUGUCGGUUCUGUCAGUGCAGGCCUACGUGGAAUUUAUUUUUAUUCUUUUUAAUUCUGAAUCUCAUGGUUAUUCUGUGUCUUAAUAUUUAUCCUCAGUUUAUUGUGUCUGGAAUACAGACUUUAUAAGAAUAGGUUUAUAUUGAAAUAAGCUGGUUAGGAAACUCCCCUCUGUGCUGCUUUCAACUGAGCACAUGUGCCGAGAGUCCUGACCUUGAGUGGUCGACGUUGAGGGUUAUUGAUUAUAACUGUUUAGUUUCUUCAUAACUUUGUUGCAGUCAUGUAGUGCUCCUCUUGUAUCCUGCACUUGAUAUGAUAAUGUGAUAACACUAAAAUCCAGAUGUUCAUAGCUCAAUAACAGUUUUGUGCUUUGGAGUCGGAUCAAGCAGAUUAAAGAGAGCUUGGCACUUGCUCUCGAUUGUCGAGCUGCAGUCUCAGCAGACAGACAAAAGUCAAGCGGUAGAACCACAUCAGGUGGCGAUGUUGAAUCCCGCAGCCGAGACGAGAAGCUCCUGACGCCUCUCACUGACCUUAAAUGAUUUCUGUUUGUCUGAUGUUGGAGUUGAAAAUGCUCUCUUCUUAAGUCGGGGCUGAAUCAUCCCACACAGGUACAGGACCAUACCAGUGAGUGCAUGUCUUAGCCCAGUCACUACCAUUUGAAUACACAUUACAUUACUACCAACUAUUGUUAGAUAUUUUUAUGUUUUUCAAACCUUUCAGGCAAACAUAAGUUGCUAUUAAUUUUAUUAGGGUUGUAAAAUGAACCCAUAUAAUCUUCUGAGAAAGUUAAUCCAUCACAGUAAUCAUUGUGUCUGUGUUUACUUGUGUAAUAUCCAUUUGUUUGAUGCUUUUAAAAAAUCUGCACCUACAAAUGAAUUAUCACACACUCUUGAUAAAUGCCGGCAUGACGUUUGCAGUCUUGAAUCACCUUCUUCUUAAGCUUCAGGUCUGUGCAACCUCAGUUUCAUAGCGUAAUAGAAACAACUGUUUGGAAAACAGUUCCAAAACAAGUUUGGAAAAAUUAUAAUGUAGAAAUCUAAAACACUACAGUACACUUUUAAAAUAUCCAGUAGUGAUGUAUUCAGCGUGUGACCUGUAUUAAAGCUAAGACAUGCAGAAAUUCUGUUAUGCCUUAUUCUGCCUGUGACAGGCCUGCCUGGAGCCCAAACCGCCAUCUUGAGUGGUUGAAUGUGGCUUCAGAUCCAGUGAUGGUGGCUCAAACCUGCAGUCUGGAUCUGUGCACGCUCAAACAUUCACACACCUCGGCAGAUAAAGUGUGUGUUACAGCCGUGACAUCGUGCACACCGUUUUUGUCUCAGUGUUUCGAGCGUUUGUGUGUUUCCCGCUCUUAUACUCUGAGUCUAUAAGAGCCGAUCAAACGUCAUCAGUAUGUUUGUAAACGAAGAUGAAGAUUCCACCAAAGCAUGAAUGUGACAUGAACCCAUUUUAAUCCUAAAUGGGGAAACUGACACUUUUGACAACUGUAGUUUUUUUUUUUUCUGAUGCUCCUCACUGAGAAGCAGAUGGUUUCAGUGUCACUGCCAUAUGAAUCAGUACUUAAAGUAGAGACAACUAUUUAUUCUAUUUUUUUUUCUUUAUUUCUUUUUGCAGAGGUGAUACUUUUACUCAUUUAGGUGUAUUAUUAUUUAAAGUACCAUAUGUAUUAACAUGUUAUGGCUGGUGACCAUACGUACAUCUCAAAUAUUAACAUAGUUAUUGUUGACGUUGACUAUUUUUUCUUUUUUUGUUGUUGAACUAUAACCUUGUUUGUAUCUAUCAGUGUCGCGUUGAGAUUUUUCAUGUGAAGCUUCGCUGUCGGAGCGAAGAUGGAGCCGGUCCGUCAGAGACAUGGACUCAUGUUCGGUUGCAGAAAUUCACGUUGGACGAGCUGUCUGCAAACAAAACAGCGGUGUGUUGUUGUUGUAGUCUUUGGCAGGCCAGGAAGUAGACUGGUCCAUUCUGAUCUGGAGUCUGACCCUAGUGCUGUGGACUUAUUGCCACCUAACUCUUUGGUCAUAAGUGGGAGAGGCUUAUACUGUAGGUUGUUCCUAGGUGUGUUACAUUUAAAGGAUAAGGCCGGCAUUAUUCUAUAUUUUCCUUAUUGUGAACAGAUCCCGUGGAAAGACCAAAACCAACAAUGUGUUUGUUCUUCUCGCAUUACUUCCCCUCCUCGUCUUUUACAACACUAAGGCUGUUGGUUUCUACUGAAGAGAUGUUAAACAGGUCAGAAAUAUUUUGUUUCAUAUUUUUUUAGAAGUCUUUGUGAUUUCUGAAACGGCUGGUCACUAUAUUUUUGAAGCAAACAUUACUGACAGGAGGCAUUUGUUGGGGACUACUUUCAGCAGCGGAUAAAUCCACAUGUUGUGCUCUAGUGAGUACUUGGGGCAGCAGGGCAGCGUAUGUGGGAUUGAGUCAAAAUAAACUUCGGUGUGUGUUCGUGGUGAUGCAGGAACAUGUCAGCCAGUGUGGCUCCUUGAUGUGUUAUUAAUAUAUUUUGGAGAGGGAUACCUUGUUAGGAUUGUUGGUUUGGGUCUUCGUAGGAUUUGUUGAUAUUAAGAAAAGUAGAGCGAGCACCAAAUUUAUCCUUGUCAAAAUGUUUUACAUCAGUCAGUAAUGUAAUCGAAGGGAUUAUUGAAACUGUAGUAUAUUUGCAGUAUUUUUAUUUACUGUCAUAUCACUUUGCCAUGUUUGAAUUAUAAAAGGUGUUGAUAGAAAGUUCAGGAGAUUUAUUUCAAGUGCUCGUCUGUGCCACAUUUUUAUAGAAACACUCACAGACGGCGUUUAAAUAACCCGAGUUUAUGUGAUUUUUCUAGGAGACAUAACAAAGUAAAGUUGCAUGUUUUGUAUGUGUAGAGUUGACUUCAACACCACAGGCCUCCAGUUUCUACUCAACCCUGGUUUCCUGCAGCAUCUCUGGGUCAAACAGACGUCUAUGUGAACAGAACCUGUGACGGACAUAGGAGGGUUACAGCUCUGAGGUCUGGAUCAUUACACAUCUCUUCAAACCAAAUGCUUUAUUUUUUAAAUGCAUAUCAGCUCAGUGAGUGUCCAGGAGCGCUUCUAACGCUGUGCACACUGCAGUAUUAACAGUUAGAUAACGCCUUGAUAUUCCAAAAACAUUUAAUGUACUUUAAGUCGAGAUAUAUAUGCUGUUUUGUAUCUUUUAUUUUUGUCAUAGAUUCUGCGAUGCCAAGACUUUUUUUUUUUGUUUGUUUGUUUGUUUUGUAAAUUUUAACAGCAUCCAUUCUGUAACAAAGUGUUACCGCUUGACUGUGCUCCUUUUGUUUCAUUUAGUUUUAUUUUAUCAAAGAGCCGAUGUCCUGUAUUGACUGCAGGCUUACGUAUAUAUUUGACAAAAGAAUAUUGUAUGUUUAAUAAUAAAAAAAAAAAACAACACAAAAAAGACAAAAAAAAUUGAAGAAAAAAAGAAGAGGAGAACAUUGGGAAAAAAUGUGUAAUUUAUAUUUUAAAACUGCAUGCACAAGGCUGGGAAAGUCAUAUUUAGAAUAACAAAUGGCAGUGCCUUUUUUGUACUCGAGACAUUCACCCCAAAUGUAAAUGGUUUUAUAAAGACUUUAAAAACUGUAAUGUUACAGGAUGAAACAAGCGACAUCUGUGUUGGGUCACGUUCACACUGCAGCUAACUAAAAGUGUCCUAAUUCAGAUUGUUUCCCUUCUCUGCUGUAUGAUUCGUGGAUUUUUUUUAUGUAGAUACAGUACAGGGGGAAGAAAAGAAUACAUUGAUUAAUCAGUUUUUCUAAACCUAAUCAUGAAUCUGAUCCAUAUGUGACCAUAUUAUUGAUGCUGGUUUUAUGUUGCAUAUCCACAGAACUGAUCACUGUGUCCUUAUGUUUGAUGUUCAUAGACGACAAACAAAGAUAAUUUCAUUAUUUUAGUUUUUGGGGAGGGAACUCUUUAAAUGUGGCUGCAGCACCCACAUCAUCCCCACAAUGAUAAAUAAGUGUUCGUCUUGGUUAAGUUCUGCCACCACUUAGUAUUAUUUUCAUUAUUGAUUAAUUGGCCGUUUCUUUCAAUUAAUCUUUCUCGAUAUUUGAUUAAUCAUUUAGCCUAUAAAUUGUCAGAAAUGAGUGUGUCUUCAAAUAGCUUGUCUGACCAACAGUCCCAAACUCGAAGAUAUUCAGUGUAUAAAAAAGGGAAGCAGACUACACUAGAUAUAUAUUGGCACAUUAGAAACUGUUGUUUAUAAAAUUCAGUCACAGCAUAAAGUUGUCUUAUUUAUCAAUAUUUGUCAAUAAAACUGCAUUUUCACAGCAGAAGAUUGUUUUCUGUUCUGCUCUGUACAUUUAAAGCGAUGAGCUAAUGUCAUAAAUAAUUUUGAUUUGGGACAAAAGGAGCAGUGGUAUCAGUUCAGUACUCUGUAUCGGUGGAUAAGUUCAGGAUCAGUAUCGGUUGAGACAAUCUCCCAAAAUCCAACAAGUAAAUUAUCGUUUCAUUUAUCUGAGCAGCACCUGGUCUGAAAACCCUUCACCAGAGCAACAACAUAAAUCAACUCUAAAGUAAAAUUACAUCAGUGAUAUCCGGAGUAUUGCUCAUCUUUUACAACCUCACAGUCAAGUCAUUAAAAUAAACUUUUUGAGCGUCAGCAGUCAAAAAUUAAAGCAGCUUCACGUCUCUAAAAAAGCAAAAUGUGAACAUUCGAACUUGAAUCUGAUUUGCACGUUGAGUGCAGUGUGAACGUGGCCCGCGGCGGUGAACUCGGUCUGUUGUGUCUGUGCUCUGUUGGUACUUUUUAAUGCUGAUAUGAAGAUAUCAAUUAUUCUGGUCUGUACAAAAAAAAAAAAAUGUGUGAAUGGCUGCGUGACAGUGAGGAUGUUUGCGUUUGUGUGAAGACAUUCAAGUGUUCAAUGUGUCUUGCUGUAAUUUUGUCGCGACGUACCAGAAUGCUGUGACUUAGCAUGCCCCUGUUAUACAUAAAAAUACAAGUUGUAACUCC